UAUUGUCCUGCCCCAAUCCUCUAUCAGCCUUACCUGGGUAAUUUCUAUACAAAAUCCCCCCAAGUUUCUCCUAUACUCUAUAACUAAGAUUCAAAAGUAAUCCAUAAGACUAAAUCUCUUGUGGCUUCAACGAGUCCCGCAUUUCCAGUCAACAAAUAUCUUGAGGCCAGUCAGUUGGUUCACUUCGAAUCCGAAGAUAUGGGAACUUUUCUGGUGUUUUGCACAGCUCAAAUCCCAAACGAGACACUUUCAGAAUUCGUAACGCAAUCUACCCAGGCCAAAAGCGCACCCGAAAGCCCAUGGAUUCUCCAAAAGAGCCCAUCCGAGGAUGUCCAUGGACCUGAACUUACUCUUCCUCUACCAAGUCCAUCAUUUACUACUGGCUUUCAAGACGCAUCUCCUGAAACCUUACAAAAGUUCAUGGUGGAAAAUGUCGUCGACCGUCACGACUUUCCCGACUUUGAGGGUGGAAUUGAAUGGUAUCAAUUCGUGGUUCUGGAUGCUCAAAGUGCGGAGGACAAAAGUACUUGCUUAGUUUAUCAUUGCACGAGAGGCAUGCCGGAAGGUUCGGCGGAAGAUGAAUGGGAUGAAAAGAAGCUCGUUAGUGAGUGGAAGGUCUGGCGCGUCAAGUUUCUCGUGGCAUGGUGGUUGAUUAGUGGACUGUGUAUGAAUGACCAAGCUCUCUUUCAGGUCUUCGAAGAUGAGAAGGAUGCAUAUACGGACAGAGAUGGCGUGUUGCAGAUGCCAUAUUUGGAGAAUGAUGAGUAUGAGUAUCCGGAUUUGGAGCAUCGUGUGCCAUGGGGACCAGCUCCUUAGACUGAGAGUAUUUCGGUUAUACCUAUCUAGUUCUAGGGAACAUACCCUUUACUUAAUGAAGAUACAAAUAUGGAUUGCACAAGACUAGCUAAUGAGUAUUCUCGUCUGUCGACCGUCAUGUAUAAUAUCAUUCUAGCAAUGUUUCGCCG